AUGUUGAAGCUAUUAUGUACAUUAGUUUUAUUAGUAAUUUUGGUAGCUGUUCACUGCCAAAAUCAUAAAGAUUUUGUUGAAGAAUAUGAAGACAGGAUCAGUGAAGCUAUCAAGGAUGCCAAUACAUACAAACUAGACACAGAUGCGCAUAGAUACAAACCAAAAUCAAAUGAAAUAAGAGAUUUUGGAGAAUUCGAUUAUAUAGUAAUAGGCGCUGGUACUGCUGGUUCGGUGGUGGCAAGUCGCCUUUCAGAAAUACCAUCGAAAAGAGUCUUGCUACUAGAGGCGGGUAAAGCGUCAUCUACAGUAACGGAAGUCCCCCAACUAGCAGGUCAAGCGGCUUUCAGCGACUACAACUGGGGAUUUUACAGCACCCCCCAGAAACAAGCAUGCCAAGGUUACAAAGAUAACAGAUGCGUCUUUGCGAGAGGCAGAGGAGCUGGCGGCAGCUCCCUAAUAAACUACUCCGGAUACUCUAGAUUCAGCGUUUACGACAUGCAGAGACUCUCUGAACUCUCGGGGUACGAAUGGACGGUUGAUUACUAUAAAAAAUCCGAGAACUUCACGCAAACCAAUGGCGACGCUGUCAUCGAGCAAGCAGCGCAUGGCACCACCGGACCAUGGCACGUCGAAAACUCGCAAACCAAUAACGUAAGGAGUGACGCCUUUAGAGACGCCAAUGAGGAAUGUGGACAACAUCUAAGGGACUACAACACUGUGUUCCACGAAGUUAGUGUUGGAGUUGUGCAGUUGAAUAAGAAAAACGGCAAGAGGGCUGACACCUUUACAGAUUUCGUGAUGCCGGUCAAGGAUAGAAGCAAUCUGAAUGUGAGUUUGGAGAGUUACGUGGUAAGAGUUGAGAUUGGUGCCGAAACAAAAUCCGCCGAUGGCGUGUUGUUCACCAAAAACAAUAUUCUUUAUAGGGCGAAAGCCACAAGCGAGAUAAUAGUAUCGGGAGGUGCGGUUAACUCUCCACAAAUUCUACAAUUAUCAGGUUUGGGUCGACCGGCUCUCCUGAACAAGUUCAACAUCCCGGUUGUACAGGAUUUAGCUGUUGGGGAGAACUUACGAGACCACGUUGCUUUUCUCAUUACCAUGAGCCACAACGUCACAGAUGAAGGUGUGGAUUUGAAAUCAGCGGUGGAAGAAUUUUUGGACAACAAAGGCGUUCUAACAGCCGCUGGUGUGGAUUGGGUUGCGUUCUAUGAUUCAACUCGCGGCGAAUACCCUGACAUGGAGCUAGUGAUGAUGCCUAAUUUACCAACCCCCGUACCAGAAAUGGGUGCUAAACUCUUCAAUUUCACCAAGGAAGCUAUGGCUGAUGUGAUCGCAAGCACCCCUCCAAAAUUUUUCAGGUUUUUAGCGUUCCUAUUGGACACUGAAUCGGUUGGUUCUGUAUCACUUCAAAGUGAUUCUCCGUUCGAUUACCCCCUAAUCAACAAUAACAUCCUUUCUGAAACCGAGGACUUGGAGAAACUGUACACUCUGAUAAACAUCGUGAGAAACCUCACACGGACAGAAGGGUUUAAGAGAAUCGACGCCAAACUGGUAACCCCGAAACUGUCAGCUUGCAAGGGCAGCGAAUUCGACUCCAAAGACUAUUGGUUCUGCCUUUUCAGACAGUUCGGUCUUCCUGGGUACCACGCUAUAGGAUCUUGCGCUCUAGGUAAAGACCCGAAGGAGGGAGCGGUAGUGGACCCGCAGUUCAAAGUUCACGGUGUUGAAAAGUUGAGGGUGGCCGAUUGUUCCGUGCUUCCGUUUCCCAUUAGAGCACAUACCGCCGCCACGUGCGCCAUGGUCGGCGAAAUGGUGUCUGACUUUAUUAAGAACGAGUGUUAGAAUUCUACGUUAAUAAAAUAUUGUUGUACAAAAUGAAUAUUAU